UGUCGACUGAGCCACAAACAGCGACACACUUCCAGCAGCGAACGGAGUGAGAGCGCAGGAGCCGGGAAGAGCGACAGCGAGUGUUUCCUGCUCCAGGAGCCGCAAAACAAAUAAGAACAACAACACCAAUAAGAAUAAGAAUAAGACUCCAUUAGUUCUUUCUUUUCUUUCACUUACUUUCCUCCGCGGAAGGCGACAAGUGUCCGCGGGGACCCGGAGAAGAAGAAGAAGAAGAAGAAGGGCAGAGGACUUUGAAGCAGCUGAGGCGUUCAGGCUCCGCUCACCUCCGACAUGGCUUCAACCACCUGCACCAGGUUCACGGACGAGUAUCAGCUGUACGAGGAGCUGGGGAAGGGCGCUUUCUCAGUCGUGAGGAGGUGCAUGAAGAUUUCUACGGGGCAGGAAUACGCCGCCAAAAUAAUCAAUACCAAGAAGCUCUCUGCCAGGGAUCACCAGAAGCUGGAGCGAGAGGCCCGCAUCUGCCGUCUGCUCAAGCAUCCCAACAUCGUGCGGCUCCAUGAAAGCAUAUCAGAGGAAGGAUUCCACUAUCUGGUCUUUGACUUAGUCACCGGCGGCGAGUUGUUUGAAGACAUUGUUGCCAGGGAGUACUACAGCGAAGCCGAUGCCAGUCAUUGCAUUCAGCAGAUCCUAGAGGCUGUGCUCCACUGCCACCAGAUGGGAGUGGUCCACCGCGACCUCAAGCCUGAGAACUUGCUCCUCGCCAGCAAGUUGAAGGGGGCGGCGGUUAAACUGGCAGACUUUGGCCUGGCCAUCGAGGUGCAGGGAGACCAGCAGGCAUGGUUCGGUUUUGCCGGGACACCAGGGUACCUGUCUCCAGAGGUGCUGAGGAAAGAUCCCUACGGCAAGCCGGUGGACAUGUGGGCCUGUGGUGUGAUUCUCUACAUCCUCCUGGUGGGAUAUCCACCUUUCUGGGAUGAGGACCAGCACAGACUCUACCAGCAGAUAAAAGCUGGAGCCUAUGAUUUCCCAUCACCCGAGUGGGACACGGUGACUCCAGAGGCCAAAGACCUGAUCAACAAGAUGCUGACCAUUAAUCCAGCCAAGAGAGUCACUGCCACAGACGCACUCAAACACCCCUGGAUCUGCCAACGCUCCACUGUGGCGUCUAUGAUGCACAGACAGGAGACUGUGGAGUGCCUGAAGAAAUUCAACGCCAGGAGGAAACUCAAGGGUGCCAUCCUGACCACCAUGCUUGCCACUCGCAACUUCUCAGUAGCCAAGAGCCUGCUGAACAAAAAGACGGACGGUGUCAAAAUCAACAACAAGGCCAAUGUGGUCACCAGCCCCAAAGAGCCUGUCCCCACUCCUUCUCUGGAGCCUCAAACCACUGUAAUCCACAACCCAGCUGACGGAAACAAGGAGUCCAGCGAGAGCGCCAACACCACCAUCGAGGACGAGGACGUGAGAGCACACUCUCCAUCCUCCCGUCCCCCCAUCUACCACCUGAAGCAUUUAGACCACUCCUCAUCUCACUCCCAUUCCUCCUCUUCUUCCUCCUCCUCUUCCUCCUUCUCCUCCUCCUCUUGCUGGUACUCUCCUAGCGUUUGGCCCAGUGGUCAGGAGUUCGUCCAGUACAUCCUGUUGGCACUGGUGGCUGCCUACCUGCUCCUCUUCUUCAUAUUUUCCUUCCUGGUCUUUUUCUCUGACCAACCUACCAUAUGCUACUGUGGCCCCCAUCAGACCCCCACACAGGGGCCCGGCCCCCAACAUGGGCUGCCCCUGCCCACCAAAUCCCAGUCUUACCUACUUAGCAUGAAAGCUCGGAAGCAGGAGAUCAUUAAAGUCACCGAGCAGCUGAUUGAGGCCAUCAACAACGGAGACUUUGAGGCCUACACGAAGAUUUGUGAUCCCGGCCUCACGUCCUUUGAGCCUGAGGCCCUGGGAAACUUGGUGGAGGGCACCGACUUCCACCGCUUCUACUUUGAGAACGCUCUGUCUAAGGGGAAGCAGCCAAUCCACACCAUCCUGCUCAAUCCCCACGUCCACCUGAUCGGGGACGAGGCCGCCUGCAUCGCCUACAUCCGCCUCACCCAGUACAUCGACGGCGGCGGCAUGCCUCGCACCAUGCAGUCGGAGGAGACCCGCAUCUGGCACCGCCGCGACAGCAAGUGGCAGAACAUCCACUUCCACCGCUCCGGCUCGCCCACCGUGCCCACCAAUUGAGUUGAAGAUCUGCGACGACAAACGCCCUCCAGCCUACUGCAGUCAGCUGACGAGACCCCGCCUACCAAGAAUCCAUCGAAUCCCUCAGCCAAUCCCUGCCCAUAACAGCUAGAGCUCAGCCCUCUCAGUGUGUUGUUUACAUAUUGUCGCUGCUGGACUGAAGAUUAUUGUACGCGUUGGGGGGGGGGGGCAAAUUGAGGGAGAAAUCGUUAACGAUAUCAUUUUGUUGUGAGUGCGUGGUGGUGUUCAUUUCCGGAUCUUUCCAUCCACAACAUGUUUUAAUACGCUGAGUUUUUCUUGUUGUUUUUUUUAGAUCAGUACGUUUUUAAAUAGAAGUGAUUUUCAGAGGCGCCAGUUGAUUCGUUUUUAAGAGGCUGGUCACACAUGUGAAACUUCCAGUUAUCAUUGUAGUGAGAGUUUGUCAUUUGAAUAUUGCACAUAUUGAGGACUCAUGAGCUAUUGUGAUGUUUUCGCCUUUCGGCACAAAGACCAAUAUAUCACAUAUCUGCUUUUUACUCGUGCAUCUUUUCAGAAUUGCCAUCUGCUAUAGCUCAGACACACGCUUGCUUUGUUUUGGUGAUGUAUAGGUUUCGGUAAUUGAUGUAAGUUGCUCUCUCUCUAUCUUUUGUAGUAUCCAUCUGCAUUAAGAAUGCUUACUAGGAACCUAACUACAUGUUUAAAAAGGAAAAUCAUUUGGAACGUGUUGUUUUAUUUUGUGCGUCUGGAGCUCCGUCGCACGGCAGCAUGUGGGAAGAGUCUCUCGUGAUAGAAUGUAAACUAAACUAGAGAUGCGUAUACUUCUUAAGGGCCAUUCUGUAACUCUUUGCCAGUUAAAUCGUAUUUUCAUACAGUGCAGAGCAAAUUAUGUGAAUUUUAUCCGUUUUUCUAUUUGGUUUUGUUUACUUUUUAUAUUGUGAUUCUGGUGAUCCCUCCACUUGUCAUUGUUGUUAUUGCAUUUCUUUAAGUACCCUAAUUGAUGUUAUUCCUUUAUUUCACCUGGAAUGUUUGCUCAAUAUGUUCAUGCCAAUGUUUUACAGCGCCACAUUUUACACUGGACAGGACUGAAGUAGAAUCACGAUGUUCAAACUCGUUCAGGAAGCAACUUCCUGUGGAUUUUUGCAGUUAGCAAUUGGAUUUUUGGUCGAAGUUACCAAUCAACAUUCUCUUUUAGUCAUUGAUAUGUGUCUAUAAUUAUGUUAUCAUAGUGUCACUGUUGGGGAUUGUAGGCUUCACUUACAGGUUUAUGUUUAAACACUUAAAUUGAGGUUUUUAAUGUGGAUAUAAUGAACCAGGGAAUUUAAUUUCAAAUUGAGGGAAAGGAAACAGUCACAUUUUUACAUGGAGUCACACGGUUCACUGAGGAUUUGGGUUCAGCAUAUUUCUUUUUUAUGUUUUUGCUUAUAGGCAUACAAGUAAUGACAUCACUGAAUUGUUUAGAAAAUUCAUACCAUUCUACUGUGUGAUCACAUGUUCCACAAACACCACAAUUGUUUUUCUAUCAUCCUAAGAUGCAUUGAAAUUCCCAAUGGGACACUGGUAUAUAAUGUUGCAAUGAUGGGACAAACCUAAUGUAUGUUUAAGAUAUAUCAAAUAAAUUGUGUGAUUUCUGCCAAAUGAA